AAUGAACUUUGUUUGAUUAUUUGCAUUUUUAGUUCAUAUUGAAUUUUAGUUAUAAAAGCUUAUACCAUUCCACAAGGAGUAACUUGAUUUUAUUAAUUUUAUUAUUGUCCAUGUAGAUUUUGUCAACCUAGGAGAUGUAUUUUAUAUUGAUAUUAUUGUAAUGUUGAUUUAUAUAAUACGAUAUUGUUGGUAUGUUAUGUAACGAAGCCUAAUAAUGUAACUGAAACUUAGAAUAAAUAACAAAGAGAAAUAUCAGAAAUUUCAGAAAAAUGUUUUUUAAUCCUGUUUCGCUUUUUGAUCAAUGCUUUACUUUCGUUGGUAAACAUAUGAAUUAUAUAGAUAGUUUGAUUGGGUUUCCUCCAGAGUUUUCAACAAGGAUACUGGAUACAGGGAUACAGGAGGGAUUGUUUGAUACAGAUACAGCUAUAGAUAUUCUAAGAAUGUACGGUGAGUCAACAGACGAAUUUAGAGCUCUGUCCUUAUCCAAUAUAAUGGUUCUUAACGAGUUUGAGAUGAAUAUACAAGGUGUACUGCAAACUGUACACAAACUUGAUCUUAGUCAUCUACAAUUAGACGAUGAACAUGAGAUUUUAUCCUGGAUCCCUGAACUUGAGUUUUUACAAGUUCUAAUUCUGGACCAAUCUAAUAUAUCUGACAGGGGUAUGAAGAAGAUUACCUAUCCAGCAUUUGCGGGGAAAAAACUGGCAAAUCUUCACUAUCUUGAUAUUUCAGGGUUACAUCUGUCAUUGAAGUUCUUCAAGACAUUGAAACACGUUACACAGUUACAAACUCUCAUAGUUGACAGUGAAACCUGCAUAGAUGACAUUCCUGGGUUCAGCAAGGUUUCAAGACCACAGUUGGAACAGGUUAGGAUGAGUUCCAUCUUGAUAAAGCUGUUGGAGCGCUGGACAGCUUUAACUAUGUGUAGACGUAAACAGAAACAUAUUCUUCAUAAUUCAACAUUCUACUCAAAACCACUUAAACCCAACACACAGAUUUUAAAUACUGACUCUCAGGAGGUGACAAGAAAUAAGAUUAUGUUAAGAAGAUCGGAAGAAAUAAUCAAGACGACAUUAAACUCAAGAAAACGUAUUCGUCUUCAAGAUAAUAUGGGAAGAAACAAGAUGAUUAAACUAGAAAAAAAUUCUCCAAUAGAGAAUAUUGAUUUGUUAUCAUUGUAUCAAUAAACCCACGAUAUGUUUUUAUAAACCCAUGAUAUGUUUUUAUAAAGCCAUGAUAUGUUUUUAUAAAUCUAAGGCUGUGAAAUUAGUAUUUAAUCUGGUUGGAAAUGUAUGAAUAUUUUCAGAA